AUGUCAUCGGAAGAAGAGGAACAAAGACGAAGAGCAGUUCUCCGAGAACGAUAUUUAAUUUUUCUGCAGAAGGCGAUAAACAAGCCAGCUACGGUUGAUAUGUGCGAGAAAACGACAGCCACUGCAACUAUAAAAUCUUUUCAACUGUCUUCAGAACAUGUUAUCGUUAAAAAUCUGUCGACGCCUGUUGGAGUUCUUGACAAAGCAGUAAUUCGAUCAUCUGAUAUUGUCAAAAUCAGUUUCAGGAAUUCAUGA